UAACCUGAUGUUUUGUAACAACGUGUCUGACAACGUGUCGGAAGCUCUCUGCCCGAGCAGCAGGCACUGAGGACAGGGAGGAUCUGCUCUCACACACCGAGAACUUCGACUAUUAAUGCCACACUGUAAACCAUAAGUAUGUCUAGCUCCCGUACAAUCAUAUGUUUACUGAGAAACGACUUGCGUCUCCACGACAAUGAGCUUUUCCACUGGGCUCAAAGAAAUGCAGAGUGCAUUGUCCCACUGUACUGCUUCGACCCCAGACAUUAUGUGGGAACAUACAACUACAACCUACCAAAGACUGGGCCUUUCCGCCUGCGCUUUUUAUUGGAGAGCAUCAGGGACCUCAGAAACACACUGCUCAACAAGGGCAGCAACCUCGUGGUCAGACGAGGUAAGCCGGAGGAGGUAGUUGUAGAACUCAUCAAGCAACUGGGCUCUGUCAGCACAGUGGCGUUCCACGAAGAGGUGGCCUCGGAAGAACUCAAUGUCGAGAAACGAGUGAAGGAUGUCUGUGCACAGAUGAAGGUCAAAGUUCACACCUGCUGGGGGUCGACGCUGUACCACAGAGAUGAUCUUCCAUUUCUCCACAUAUCCAGGCUGCCUGAUGUGUACACUCAGUUCAGGAAGGCAGCAGAGACCCAGAGCAGGGUGAGGCCUCUGCUCCCAACCCCUGAGCAGCUGAAGCCUCUCCCCCAGGGGUUGGAGGAAGGAGCCAUUCCUACAGCAGAGGACCUGGAACAGACAGACCCUCUGGCUGAUCCUCGAUCAGCCUUCCCCUGCAGUGGUGGUGAAAGUCCAGCUCUGGCCAGACUCAAACACUAUUUCUGGGACACUGAUGCAGUUGCGACCUACAAGGAGACACGUAAUGGCUUGAUUGGGAUGGAUUAUUCCACUAAAUUCGCACCUUGGUGA